AGAGAGAGAGAGAGGCGCACGGUGCACGGUGCACGGAACAGGAGCACACCGGUCGGACUCGGAAGUCGCGAGGAUGGAGAUCCGUCCAGACCGCUUUAAGGCUCAGGCAGGAAAAACAUUGGGAAAAAUACACAGACUCCUGGAGAAACGGCAGCAGAAUGGCGAGACUAUCGAGCUGUCAGCGGAGGGCCGCCCGGAGCUGGUGGAGGAGAAGGAGCUUCCCGUCGUGGACUGCACGUGUUUUGGGUUGCCGCGUCGUUACAUCAUCGCCAUGCUGUCAGGCCUGGGCUUCUGCAUCUCGUUCGGCAUCCGCUGUAACCUGGGUGUGGCCAUCGUCAGCAUGGUCAACGACCACACCAUUUACUACGGAAAGAAACCUGUCAUAGUGGCUGCUCAGUUCACAUGGGACCCCGAGACGGUAGGGAUGAUACACGGCUCAUUCUUCUGGGGUUACAUCGUCACACAAAUACCUGGGGGAUUCAUCUGUCAAAAGUUUGCCGCUAACAGGGUGUUUGGCUUUGCCAUUGUGGCCACGUCGAUGCUGAAUAUGCUGAUCCCAGCAGCAGCAAGAGUUCACUAUGGGUGUGUUAUCAUGGUCAGGAUUUGCCAGGGGCUUGUGGAGGGUGUGUCAUAUCCUGCAUGUCACGGCAUCUGGGCCAAAUGGGCUCCGCCACUUGAAAGAAGUCGAUUGGCAACAACAGCAUUCUGUGGUUCAUAUGCCGGUGCUGUUGUUGCAAUGCCUUUGGCUGGAGUUUUGGUCCAGUACACUGGAUGGUCCUCAGUGUUUUAUGUGUAUGGGAGUGUUGGGAUAUUCUGGUAUCUCUUCUGGAUUCUAGUUUCCUAUGAGAGUCCAGCUGUUCACCCAACCAUCUCACCAGAGGAGAGGAAGUACAUUGAGGAUGCCAUCGGGGAAACCGCCGGCCUGGUCAACCCUCUGCAGAAAUUUAAAACUCCCUGGCGGCACUUCUUUACCUCCAUGCCGGUGUAUGCCAUCAUCGUGGCCAACUUCUGCAGAAGCUGGACCUUCUACCUGCUCCUCAUCAGCCAGCCCGCUUACUUCGAGGAGGUGUUUGGCUUUGAAAUCAGCAAGGUGGGGUUGGUGUCCGCACUUCCUCAUUUAGUGAUGACCAUUAUCGUGCCAAUUGGAGGACAACUUGCUGACUACAUGAGAACACAUAAUAUAAUGACCACAACGAAUGUCCGUAAACUCAUGAACUGUGGAGGUAAGAUGUAG